AUGCGAUCAUGGCGUUUAGCUCGCACCAGCAUGCGCCGUGGAUUUGGACUACCAGCUCGACGUUUUUCUGCGAAAACGAAACCUAACUUUUCGCAAACCAGCAGUAAUGGUGUGAGAUAUACUGUCAUCACUGCCAGUGCGAUUGCGGGAGUAGGAGGGAUCUGGUGGUUCACAAAACCCACUCGCGAUACCGUGCCAGUCAUAGAACUUCAAGCAUCCAAGCACACGCUCAACAAACCCGACCUUUCUUCAGAUGAAAUCACCCAAAUACUUUCACAAGAGGCCUAUUCCUUUCUGAUCAAGGGUGUUUCUGGCGUUGACAGGUAUGACGGUACACAACUAGCCUCUAAUGGCAUCUGCGAGGACCGCUUUAUUCAUGGCAAGCUUCCUUCACCUCGUGAUGAUGACAAACCAUGGAUGGCUUGGGCUAUUUUUGAUGGACAUGCGGGUUGGCAGACAGCAGAUCUGUUAGAGAAGCAACUUGUGCCUUUGGUUCAGCAGUACCUGCGUCAGGCCACCAUUGCCUUUGGAGAACAAUCUGGCUACAAGGAAGCAAUUCAGCAAGCCAUCACCAAAGCGUUUGUAGAUCUGGACAGCUCGAUUGUCGAAACAGCACAGGAGACUGCUCAGAGUAAUUUGCCGUUCCAAGAAAAGAUGCAGAAGUUACUUCCUGCAUUUGCUGGUUCCUGCGCUUUGCUCUCUUUAUACGAUCCCGUUACAAGCAAUUUGCAUGUCGCAUGCACUGGCGACUCAAGAGCAGUCCUCGGCCAAAAGAAUUCAGACGGAACAUGGACAGCAACACCCCUAUCCAUCGACCAAACCGGCAGCAACACCGACGAAAUCUCAAGGAUCCAAAAGGAACACCCGGGUGAAGAAAACAUCGUCAAGAACGGCCGAGUUCUCGGAAUAAUGGUCUCACGAGCUUUUGGAGAUGGCCGCUGGAAAUGGCCUGUCGAGUUUCAAAACGACAUGAUCAAAAAGUUUGAAGCACCACCAUUGAGACCAGGAAACGAAUCAAAGACACCGCCAUAUAUAACUGCUAAACCAGUGGUUACAAGUACUGUCAUCGAUCCUGAAACCCCUUCCUUCGUUAUCAUAGCAUCAGAUGGGCUAUGGGAUAUGCUCACCGACCAACAAGCCGUCACCCUAGUAUCCACAUGGCUAGACUCUCAAACACCUUUCACCACCCCCAGUAACUCCACCACAAACCACAAACCCACCUACCCACCCUUCGACCUCAGUCAAAUCUCCCACAACUCAACCACUGGCAGAUUUUCAGAAGAAAGAACAGUCCUCAAAGAUAAAGAAAACGUCGCCGUCCAUCUGCUUCGAAACUCUCUGGGUGGAAAUCAUGCCGAGUUGAUAGGAGGAAGACUUGCAGCUACUUAUCCAUAUUCUAGAGAUUUGAGAGAUGAUAUUACGGUGCAGGUGGCCUUUUUCAAUUGUGAAGGGGUUUGA